AUGGUGUCCAUGAACCAAAGAAAAUUUCUCGAGCAAUAUGUCUAUGCCUUGGAGCAUGACUUCAUUUCUCCGUCCGGGGAGCCCGCAACCUGGGCUUCGAAUCAUCCGAAACACUGGGGUCAGGAAAAGGCAAAGAUUGCUCUCAACAAAAGUGCCAGCACGCCUACCCUCAGUCAUGACAACAAGCUUCUUGCGGUGGGCAUAAAUGGAGACGUUCACGUCUUUCAUGUGGCCACGCAAGAUCGUCUGCAAGUUUUGAGCAAACAUACAGAUGUGAUCGAGAAAGUUGAAUUUGCUCCGUGUGCAGUCGACCACCUCCAGCGACAAAGCGAGACCCGUUACAUACUAUUAUCGGAGGGUCCUGUUGGUGAGAAGCACAUGAUUUUCUUGUGGGGGCUAGAUGAACAUGGGAAUCUCGUGGAGAAAAGAGAAGGUAAAUCGGCCCUCGACAAUCCCGCCGGAGCCGGAGAAGAGAUGCUAUGUCUUGAAGGCCACCUGGCCCCCAUCGGCAAUGCCGCUUUCAGCCCCGACAGCAAAACAAUUCUUUAUGUUACCCAUAACGAGACGACCCAAAGCGAGCCUCGCGAAGCUACAUCUCUCCCUUGCAUCAAUGUAUGGAACACAGAGAGUCAACAUCAGUUGCUUGGACACGAAGAUACCAUUAUGUGGGCUGCUGUAAGCCCACAUAAUCUGCACAUUGCAUCUGCUUCAUGGGAUGGCACCGCACGGAUCUGGGAUCUAAAUUCUGGAACCUGUCUCCAUGUUUUAGGCCCCCUCGGUGGACAACUUUGGAGCGGCGUCUUCUCCCCGAACUCAAAGUAUCUUGCUAUCAGCCAAGGGAAUCCAAAAACUUACAUCCACAUCUACGAGACUGGCACCGGACAUCCGGUAUCUCACUUCGAGGGCUUUCAUCGCGCGGCACAUUCUCUAACUUGGAGUCCCGAUGGGACCAUGAUUGCAUGUGGUGCCGAUAGAGGCGAGCUUUGCAUCUGGGAUCCGUGCACGGGAAAUGAGCGCAUGCGAUGGCGUCUAGCGUUUGACAAUCCCUUGAUGAGCCGCCUUGCAAUAGUCCGAAAGGUGCAAUUCGUGGACGGUGGCAGGAAGCUGAUCUUUCAGAUCAACGAAGGAACGGUCGAGUUGUACGAUUUCGAAAGCAACACCAAGAAGCAGUUUACGAGGCGUGUGGAGGACCAUAUCGAUAAAUUUCCUCCUUCGGAAAUGGUUUGCUCUGGGGACUCAAGACUGCUUGUUGUUCCUGAUGCAGACGGAGUCUUGAGACUGUGGGAUCUCUAG